UGGUUCAGCGGUUUGGUGGGAAACAGAAGAAGGGGCCUGUGUAGGUGCAUGGAAGGGGAAUGUUUUCUUAAAGAAGGUCAUUCUCAAUGUGUUGAAGUGGUGCUUUUUCGAUGAAGGAUUAGCUUAAUUUGUAGAUUUGCACUGAAAUAAUUUACUUGAAAUCAAUCGCAGUGGUGCGUAAAAAAUUGGGAAGGUUUUUUUUUUUUUUAGGAGAAUGUGGCAGUGUUGUGUUUUGGUGCUUAUGGGCGCGGUGCUGGUGAGCGCUCAGUUCCCCAGAGAAUGCGUGACACCGCAGGGACUCAGGAGCGGGGAGUGCUGCCCGUCGCCCUUCGGACUGACCAACGACCCGUGCGGCUCUAGUACGGGGCGCGGACAGUGCGUGUCCGUCAACGUGGACGCGCGCCCGCACGGGCCUCAGUAUCCGCACGACGGUCGGGAUGAUCGGGAACGCUGGCCCAUCCGUUUCUUCAACCGCACUUGUCAAUGCAACGGGAACUUCAGCGGCUACAACUGUGGCCGCUGCAAACACGGAUGGACGGGAGCCAACUGUGACCAAAGGGUGUCUGUUGUAAGAAGAAACGUGAUGCAGCUCAGCGCGGACCAGAAGCGUGCGUUCAUCGCCGCACUGGACCAGGCCAAGCGCACCGUGCACCCCGACCUGGUGAUCGCCACCCGCCACUAUUCGGAAGUGUUCGGCCCCGACGGGAACACCAUGCAGUUCGAAAACAUCACCAUCUACAAUUACUUUGUGUGGUCCCACUAUUACUCCGUCAGCAAGACGUUCCUGGGUGUCGGACAGGCCAGUUUCGGCGGCGUGGACUUCUCACACGAGGGCCCCGGGUUUGUGACCUGGCACAGGUUCCACCUGCUGCAGCUGGAGCGAGACAUGCAGGACAUGCUGCAGGACCCCUCCUUCGCUUUGCCCUACUGGAACUUUGCCAUCGGUGGAAGCACAUGCGACAUCUGCACAGAUGACCUGAUGGGAGCCAGGAGCAGCUUCGACAUGAAUUCCCUGAGCUCCAACUCCAUCUUCGCCCAGUGGAGGGUCGUCUGUGAGAGCGUGGCAGACUACGACACACUGGGGACCAUCUGCAACAGCACGGAAACGGCUCCCAUCAGAAGAAACCCCGCGGGAAACGUUAACAGGCCGAUGGUCCAGCGCCUCCCAGAGCCCCAGGAUGUGGCCGACUGUCUGCAGGUUAACACUUUUGACACGCCUCCCUACUACUCCACCUCCUCUGAGAGCUUCAGGAACACCAUUGAAGGCUACAGUGCACCCCAGGGGAACUACGACCCCGUGGUGAGAAGCCUCCACAACCUGGCCCAUUUGUUCUUGAAUGGCACAGGAGGACAGACUCACCUCUCCCCCAACGACCCCAUCUUCGUGCUGCUCCACACCUACACCGACGCAAUAUUUGAUGAAUGGCUGAGGAGACACAGUCCAGCAGGCUCAGCCAUGUACCCUGCAGAAAACGCCCCCAUCGGUCACAACAGGGGCUACAACAUGGUGCCCUUCUGGCCUCCGGUGACCAACUCGGAGAUGUUUGUGACUGCCCCUGAAAAUCUGGGCUACUCCUACGAAGCUGAAUGGCCAGCCCAAGCUUUCACAAUGACUGAAAUCAUAACCAUGGCAAUCGUGGCUGCCCUCGUGGUCGUGGCCCUGCUUUUCGCCGCCACCACGUGCGUCGUGCGCGCCAGGUCCUACAGGAUGGAGGGCCACCAGCCUCUGCUCGGGGAUCAGUACCAGCGGUACGACGACGACAAAAGCCAGUCUGUAGUUUAGAGGGUCGCCGCUUGUACGUGAUGCACCACCUACGUGCCUCUUCUUUUGUCUCUACAAUUACACAGCUAUGCAGUUUGUUUAAGUCCGAAUCUGUUCUCAUUACAGAGAAUGUGUAGAAUGUUUUUUUUGUUUUGUUUUUUUUGUUCAUGUCACUCUAUCAAAAACUGGUUGCUAUACAAGCAGUGAAGAUGCGUUUAUCUAAAGAGCAAAUUUUUAUCGUGAAAACCUUUUAGUAUAUUGAGUGUUAUGAAAGAGAAUGGCUUUUUGCAAAGAUCCUCUCUUUGAACUUUUUCAAAAUGCGUUCAGUUAAAGUGACCAGAUCUAUUUUUAAAUUUUGGAGAGCGUGGAUACUUUUUUAAUUUUAUGACCACAUUUUUAGUAAUGGGGAGAGAUAUGAUGCAACUAAAUAAAUAAAUAAAUAAAUACCUGAGAGUUAAAAUACCACCACACAACACAACACAAGUCAGGCAUUCAAAUAAAAUGCAGUGCCAAAGAAAAUUGCGCACAAUGCCCACGAGGGGGCGCACUGGCUCAAUUUAUGAAAUCGCAAGUACAACACUUAUUAACUUUUAUUAAGGAAACUUGCAGCACUAAUCAAGAUAAACCGAUUCGCGUGACUUGAACUGUUGCUAAUGAAUGAGGAAAUUAAAAAAGGGGGGAAGGGGUGUAGGUUAUUUAGGAAAAAAGUGGUUCGCUUUCUUUUUCCUCCCCUUUUUUUUUAAAUAAAUUAAACUGAAUUAUUUGAAAUUGUCAUUACUGCUUUUCUGUUUUAUACACUGAUAUAUGAUGCUGUUGGAUCACGUCAAUUUAUUUUAUUGAUUAAAUGGCAUUGCCACACA